ACUUGAACGUUAGCUUAAUAUAGUGUGGAGUUUAUGAAUUUAAACUAGCCCGUUUUGAAGGCGAUCGUUUGAUGUCGACUCGGCUUAACCCGGAUCUUCAUUUGUACAAUAUUGUAUAUCACAUUCGGUCAACAUUUCUCUAAAAUACAGCUAUUUUGAGUGACUUGAUAUCGUUCGGAUGCUUGAAAAUAAUGUAAGCCUCUCGUCACAGAGGCAGCAUAUUAUCGUUAAGGAAUAUUAGGUUUGGUGUUGGAGUAUAUAAACAAUAUAGAGUACCGUAUCAUUGGUGUAAAGAGGAUCCUGAAUGGUAUUAGAUCACAGAAUUAAGAAUAUUAAGUACAAUUAUCGAAGGAAAUUAGUACUUUUGUAUAUUUUCAGUACUAGACGAUAUAGAAUACUGGAGGAAAUGUUUCAUUAAAGGUAUCCGAUAUCGGGUUCUGUAUAAACUAUAUUGAGUACAGUAUAUUGGAUGGUGAUAGAGUAUUCCUAGUUUCGGUCUACCUGAUAUUAAGUAUUGUGUCGGAAAAUCUAGGAGUUACACCUAGGAUGUUCAGUAUUGGGCGAAUUUGUGUAUAAAUUGUUGACGAAAGCCGUUUUGGAUAUUGAUAAAUCAUUCUGAGUUUUGUGUUACCUGCACGUGAGCAUGACGUAAUAUUUAAUGUAGUAUACUGAGUAUAUAAAACUAUAACGAGAAUUGUAAAUUAACAAAAUUAGUAAAAUACAUCAAAGUUUGAGUAGAGUAGGAGACAUUGGAUUACUGAAGGCGAUUUGGAGUAUAUGGUAUAAAACGAGGAUUUUAUAAUAUCAAUGUGUACAGUAGGGCAAUAGUGGGCACUUGAAUUAGCAGGGCACACUAUAAAGUACUUAAGAUAGGCGACAUCGUAUUUAGUGAAAAGUAUAGAAUAUUGAAGUGAUGACUUUAGUGAGGGAGUAGGGGACACUUGGAUUACUUAAAAUAGAGUGCGAACAUUUUAUAUGGAGUAUAGAAUAUUGAAAUAUGGAGUAAAGUAGGGAAUAUUUGGAGUACAGAAUGAGGAGAUCUUCAGAUAGAGUAUGUCGCAUCAAAUAUUAUUAGGACAUUUGGAGUACUGACUUUAGGAUUUGAACAAGUUUCAUCAGCACAAUAAAUAUGGAGUAUAGCUGGGGAUAUUUCGAGUACUGAUAGUAUUUUAUUGAGUAUUUAGAACUCAACAGGUGUUAUAUAUAUCAGAUAUUGUGUAUGGAGGAUACCGAGCGGCUAUAGAGGAUAUAUUGAGUAUCGUAUCGAGUGCGCUAGUGCGCUCAAUCAGCUGGGAGUAUAUAGACACCCUGGGUUAGAUACCCUCUGGUUUAAAGACCCUACUACCGUGGUAGUACAGACGUGUGUCGGAGAUCGUAUUUACUCUAGAUAGAGGAUGGCUCGUCGUGUUAGGGAAAUAGUAUCGCCGGCUGGAUGUACUUAAGUGGCUGUCGGCAUAGACUAGAUACCUAAAUUGGCAUCGAUAGUUGAAACGAUUCAUCGAACUUUUAGACAACUCAUCGAACGUCCGUGAGAGAAAAAAAUUCUUCAACGCUGAGAUACCAAUUCGUGAAAGAUUAUUGUACUGUGAUGUCUAAAGCGUUUCAGAACAAGGAACUUAAUUUCAAUUAUCAGUGAAUAUACAUCAGUUAUCAGAUAAUUGUUAGACGAAUAUGGCAAUGAAGUAAUCAUGAUGACGAUACCAAAGAUGAUUCUACAGCUACGUGGUCUCUGUCAGCGAAGUAUAUUCUCUAUAUAAAGGAGAAUUUAGUGAUUAAUUUUAAUCAUGUUAAUACUUGUGAUAAACAGCUUGACGUGACUGUGUGACAAAAUAUGUAAAGUACAAUCGUUUAAUGGUUAAACGUCACCUGAAGCAUGAAAAGCACGUGUAAUGACGUGUAAUGAGAAGAUAAGACAGAAGAUCGACGACGAUGCGAUGAUAAAGUGAGAGGAUGGAUGCAGUGUGUAUCUGGACUCUCCUACAGAUGGUCCUCCUGGGGAUUGUCCGGACUGCCGCCGGCUCCAUCUACAGGAAUCCAUGUGCAGGUCUGAUGUCAGCUGAUCUAGUCGAUGAGGCAAUACCGGUGAAUAGAAAACUUCCGGCUGGGGUCAAGGUCGUUUAUGAUACUUCAAGUCACGUGCAUGCCUUCGAGUUCAACGAAGAAUCAACUGAUGUGCAAUUAAACUCACAGCCUCUUUUUCACAAAUGUUCAAAGUUCCCAGAAGAAUUUUCUAUAUUUUUUGUUAUUAAACAUGAACGUCGUUAUGGUAAAAAGGAGUGUGUUCUUAGAGUUCGGAAUCAAAUGACGUCAAUACUUUCUAUAAAUUUGACAAAUAAAUAUAUAAUGCUUGUGUAUAAUAGUAGGAGAGUAAAAUUUAGGAACACAGUUUUAUUAGACAAUGAAUGGCAUACAGUUGGAAUAAGUGUGACAGGAAGUGAUGUCAUAAUGACGACAGACUGUCGGAAUAGAAAACGGAAGCGCUUAAAGAGAAAGUUUCCUGCAAAUAUUCCGUUUCAAAACGGGACAUUCCAGAUAGCAAGUUGUCGAGCCGGGAGUGGCGUUGUACGGGGCGUCCUCAAGGAUCUGGUUUGGGUUCCCGGAGCAGACGCUGUGAGAAGAGCCUGUCCGCCAAGGAUACCGAAACACACUCACAUGGAUAACCGUCUCCCAACUCUACCAGAUUUGUAUGGCGUUGCCUACCCUGGCCCGCGCUGGGAGGACUGCACGUGGAUGGACGUAGGAAACGUAGCCUAUGACCUCCACGCCGAGUCUCUGAAGGUCUGUGUCAACGGCAUCUGGCAGCACCUCAGUGUCAGCGAACCAGAAAAACCAUCACCACCAGUACCAAAACGUCUCGACUACCUGGAGUUUUAUCAAGACCUACGUACCCCCGGGCCAUCAAUAGACGUCGAGGUAUUCACAAUUCCAGGGGAGGGGAUGUUCGCUGUGUUUGCUAAUUCCGGCCGAAAGCGUCCUGAUGUGUCUGCCCUGUAUAAAUGGACAGACAAGACCCUAACAUUGUACCAGAGACUGAAAACAAACAUGGCGCAGGCCUGGGAGUUCUUCACCAUAGACGGCAGUUUUUUCCUUGCAGUUGCUAACUACGGACAUGAUGAUGGUAUCCUGACAAAUUCCACAAUAUUUAAAUGGCAACGCCGGAAGCGGAAGUUCAAGGAAUAUCAACAGCUUCCAACAUACACCGCGCGUGACUUUGAAUAUUUCAUGGCGGAUGGAACACAUUACCUCGCAGUCGCCAACCACGCUCAAGGUAACAGUCAGCACACAGAAUCCGUCAUUUAUGUGUGGAACGUCACAAGUCACGUGUUCCAAGAGAGGCAGCGAUUGGACACCGUUGGAGCAUAUGAUUGGACGCAUUUCACAGUAGGAGGAUACACGUUCCUAGCACUUGCUCAGGCUUUUGACGGUCUAACGACCCAGCUUGACUCCAGAAUCUAUAUACUACAGGACGAUCAAUUCUUCAUUUUUCAAACAAUGGAGACAAACGGAGCUACUGACUGGGAAAUGUUUACCAUCAGUGGAACUAUAUAUAUGGCUGUGGCCAACGCCUACAACUACGGACCUCAGAACUUCUCUAAAACGAAGACCCACUACACCAACUCUACAAUAUACAGAUUGAACACAAACAAACGGGCAUUUGAGAGGUUCCAGAAUAUCGACACAUACAGUGCCGUUGACUGGGAAUUCUUCACUGUCGGGGACGACAACUUUCUUUUGGUGUCGAAUGCUCAAAAUGGCGGCGAGGAGCGUGAGCUACGGAGUACAAUGUACCGAUGGCAGGGACUGGACGGAUUCGUGCCCGUCCAUAUCAUGGCAACGCUUCCUAACUCAGACUGGGAGGUGUUUACUGACGAUGGUGAUAUCUACUUCAUUUACACUAAUGCGAAGGGACGUAACUCUCAGAUACUUAAGGCAAAACUGGUUUUAUAGGUACAAAAGACAUAUCUUUUUGUCCACAGAGGAAUAACGAGCUCUACAGGAAGCAGAGCAUUCUCAUGAAGGAAGGUCAUUCAGAAUAUUACGGAACAUCACCCACCCUACAAUAUAUGGUGUCUUCCAGGACUGACGACAAACAGGGAAGUUGUUAUAACAAUGAUAUUGAUUAGUGCAAUUGACUUUAAAUCUAUUGUUGCGUUCCCUGUUCACCUGUAGAAUGAAAAAAAAAUGUAUGUCAACAAUAUUUACCUCGACAACAACAAAACAUUCAUUUGUAUUUUGUGAACUCGGUCAUCGAAUCGCAUUUAAAGGUUUCGAUGUUAUCUGAUUAAGCUAUACUGUGCAAUCAUUAGUAUAAAAUACUUUGGAUCUGAUAACCAACAGUGUAGUGCUUAAUAGAACUAUCAGAGGAAAAGUGACGGACUUUGUCUGUUCGGUAAUAUCAGGCUGAUGUUAUUUUGUAUUGACAACGAAAUAUCUUUAUUCUGAAUAAUUUUGUUUCUAUCGGAAUAUAUUUCUUUUGACUUAAACGUGUUUUUUUUACCGUUAAUUGCUGAUUAAAUAUGUCUGAGGUUUACUAUGAAACAAUUAACUAGAAUAUUAUUGAAUUAUGUCGUGUUAGAUAUAGGGUGAAAUGGCGGCAAACAGACACCAACUGAUGGAUUAUUUAGAAAUCAAAAUACUGAAUUGGGUGACAAUUCAAUUUUGUCUGUAAGUAGGAUGAAGAGGAAUUUUGGUCGGCAAUACCAAUAUAUUUUCGCAUUAUCUUCAUUUUCUCCUUAAUGAUCUAGUUAACUCCCUUUUUGAAAAUUCGAUUUACUGCUUUAGAAGCAGGCCAAUUAUCUAUGAAUGUCUCCAACUUGGAAUUAAAUGCAGCAUAUAAGAACAAUUGAGAAAUUAUAAAAUUUCUUUACAUUUGAAUAUGCUGAAAUAAUUUUACAAAUGAGACACAUGUCAUAUUGAGAGACAUAGUUGAUACCCUUAAAUAUGUCAUAAAGCAGUAUGGAAGCUGAAAAUGUUGCUUCCUUCGAGCAAGUUCGUUGACGAAACAUUAAGUAGUUGUACAUUUGGUUAGUUAUAUGUUAUUUAUGUCUAUAUUUUGUGUAUUUAAUUUAUGUUAAUAAUAAAAGAAUACAAAGGACGA